CGUGCUAGCAGACCGUUUCCAUGCGUGUCACGACACGGAUACACGCCAGCCGAUCUCUCGAACUGCUUAUUAAUAUUUAUAAGCGGUUGGUUAACGCUUCAAAGUGAAUUCAUAGUUUGUGAAGAUCAGGCUACAGAAGAUUUGCGUCUGAACAAAUGCCAACAUCGAAUUCUCUCCUUAUUUCUUGUGUUUUGCCAAUUUUUUAAACAAUCGCGAGUGCCAGAACGCGUAUUGAACUCACUGAAUUAGAUAUACAUACAGAUAGUAAUAUUACUGUAUAUUAUAUCGGUGAAAUUUUGAAAAAGAAGAAAAGAUGGUGCGUGGUCUGUCGCAGUGGACGAAAACCUUGAGCUUCCCUGCGAGGGUGUCCCCCCAGAGGCCUGCCAAGGAGUCGAAAGGGUUUCAUGUGAGCCCCAGUGCUAGUCCCACAUCGCCACCCAGCCCGAUCAACGACAACAUGGACAAGGCGCCGAUUAUUACCGAUGAGAAUUUCCAGGAUCUGGAAGCAGAAAAGGCAAUAAUGGGAUCCAUUGUGUACUGUAUACAUCAUAAGGACGGGUGCAAGUGGUCGGACGAACUUCGGAAAUUAAAGGCUCACCUGAAUACCUGCAAACACGACGCAGUCCCCUGCAGCAAUAAAUGUGGCGCGAUGAUUCCGCGUGUACUGAUGGAGGACCAUUUGAAAUACACUUGUGCCCAGCGGCGAGCACGCUGCGACUUCUGUGCCAAAGAAUUCACCGGUCACACGCUCGAGAAACACACAGGAACGUGUGGCUACGAGCCGCUCUAUUGCGAGAAUAAAUGCGGUAUGAAGGUACAACGAAGGCACCUCAGUCAGCAUAAGUUGGGCGAAUGUGCGAAAAGAUUGGUGGCGUGUCGUUAUUGUAACAAAGAGUUCGUUUUUGACACUCUUGGUGCUCAUCACGCUAAGUGUGGUCGUUUUCCAGUCGCUUGUCCACAUCGUUGUGAAACUGCAGUUUUACCAAGAGAAGAUCUUGAAGUCCAUUUGAAAGAUCAUUGCACUACACAUCUCUUAUCUUGUACUUUCAAAGAUGCUGGUUGCCGUUUUAAGGGAAACAGAUUCUCGUUGGACAAACAUCUGGAAGAAUCAGCAAAGAUGCAUUUAAGUUUGAUGUGCAGUGUGGUAACCAAACAGCAGCACCAAAUAACCAGUUUGAAAUCUGCUAUUAGUAAACUAUCGUUAAACUAUACAGGCACGCUUAUAUGGAAAAUCACGGAUUACAGUGCUAAAAUGUCCGAAGCGAAAGCUAAGGAAGGAAUGGAACUUGUCAGUCCUCCCUUUUACACUAGUCAAUAUGGUUACAAGCUACAGGCGUCAGUUUUCUUAAACGGAAACGGAACCGGCGAAGGAAGUCAUAUUUCAAUAUACAUAAAGAUUCUUCCCGGAGAAUAUGACGCUCUGUUGCGAUGGCCAUUUUCCCAUAGCGUGUCUUUUACCAUAUUCGAUCAAACUGUAGUCGCAGAAAAAGCGUGCAAUAUUGUAGAAAGUUUUAUACCAGAUCCAACAUGGAAGAACUUUCAGAGGCCCAGUCGUGAACCUGAUUCCCUUGGUUUUGGUUUUCCUCGAUUUGUUUCUCAUGAAAUGGUAAAGAAACGACAUUUUGUCAAGGAUAACACCAUGUUCAUCCGAGUAAAGGUUGACCCUAGUAAAAUAGUAGCCGUUUGAAAGAAUGAAUUUUUUUACGAGAAUCGUAUUUUUUAAUACGUUGUAUCAUAUUAUCUCAAUCGCUAUCGUUCCACUUAGUACUGUUACGUUACACACGCGUGCACAUGUGUUUUUCAAUGUGGUUUAUACGCAUUUUCUAUUUUUACAUGUAUUGUCAGUCCAGUAAACGAUUAAUGGUACUUGAUAUUUAUUAAUUGUAUACUUGAUGUGAUAGGCAGAAGUACUUUAUAUACAAAGCACGUGGUACUUACGUCAUUGCACUGAUAGUAUACUAUGUAUAGUGAAACUGUCAGAAUAUACAUGAAACAUUUAGGAAACAAUAGUAAGUAAUGAAAUGAAAUACUUGAAGGAUAUGAAUUGGGAAAUUUUGAAUUUCAAUUAUCUUUAUUUCUUUAUGAAUAUUUAUACGUAAUUUCAGAAAUUUGAAUAAGAAAUGUAUCAUGAAUAGG